UGUUCCAGUCACAUUUCAGCAGCUGCUUGAAGAGUUUACCCUGAGUAGCUCCCAAAAGACUGUUAUCCAUUUUCUACAACUGAAGAUAUGGUCGCUUUAAUUUAUUUCUUUGUUUUGCUGUGGGAUGAGGCUCAAGGCUGGGGAUUCAAGGAUGGAAUCUUUCAUAACUCCAUUUGGCUUGAACAAGCAGCAGGUGUCUAUCACAGAGAAGCACGUUCUGGCAAAUAUCAGCUUACUUAUGCAGAAGCAAAGGCAGUAUGUGAAUAUGAAGGAGGGCACCUUGCUACCUAUAAACAACUGGAAGCAGCCAGAAAAAUAGGUUUCCACGUGUGUGCUGCAGGAUGGAUGGCAAAGGGUAGAGUUGGUUAUCCCAUUGUGAAACCAGGGCCCAAUUGCGGAUAUGGAAAAGUUGGCAUUAUUGAUUAUGGAGUUCGUCUCAACAGAAGUGAAAGAUGGGAUGCUUACUGCUACAAUCCUCAUGCAAAAGAGUGUGGAGGGGUCUUCACGGACCCAAAACGGAUUAUUAAAUCUCCAGGAUAUCCAAGGGAAUAUGAAGACAAUCAAAUCUGCUACUGGCAUAUUCGCUUAAAAUAUGGUCAACGUAUUCAUCUGAGUUUUCUGAACUUCAAUAUUGAAGAUGACAUUGCUUGCCUUGCUGACUAUUUAGAAAUAUAUGACAGUUAUGAUGAUAUCCACGGCUUUGUAGGAAGAUACUGUGGAGAUGAGCUACCAGAAGAUAUUAUUAGUACAGGAAAUGUCAUGACCUUGAAGUUUUUAUCAGAUGCUUCAGUGACAGCAGGAGGUUUUCAACUCAAGUAUGUUACAGUGGAUCCCACACCCAAAACUGGUGAAGGAAAAAAUGCCAGCACAAGCUCUCAUGGAAAUAAAAACUUUUUAGCUGGAAGAUUCAGCCAUUUGUAAACCAACACAACAUCAUUAAAAAUGAUAGUAAUGGUGAUUGCAUUUUUAAAAAACUAUUUGUAGCUUUUGAAAAGAAGUCAUUGAUGUCAUCCAGAGGGACAGGGACCAAACACCUUGUUAAUGCUAACCUUUGAACUAUUUUGGUGAAUAGUGAACCGAGUGGAUGAAGAUUAAAAUCCAACUAAGAAAAUAAAAGUGAGAAGCACUAAGGAGAAGAGAACUUUAUCUUUCUAAAACCAACAAAAUCAAGAAAUAUUCUGAGUGAACAUUACUUACUUUCUUCUCCUCUCUUCCACAUACUUCACAUACAAAUGUGAGCUAUUAUUAGUAUUGUAUGUUAUUUAAACCCUGAACUUUGUAAUUGUCUCAUUCACUGUGUCAUCCCUCUUGCAUUCUGAUUUACAGCUCUCUCUCUCUCUCUCUAUAUAUAUAUAUAUAUUUUUUUUUCCAAUUUCAAAGAUGUGAUUUCAUAUCCUCAAAAUUCCUAUUCCUUGGGCUCUUAGGAAUCUUAAUUAAUGUCAAAAAAAGUUUAGUUAUCAAAUGAUAUAUUGACAUCACGACAUCACUAAGGCAAUAAUGUUCCCUUUCCCCUCUUUUCUAUUCCUUCCCAUUUACCCAAUAAAACUAAUCUGAUCUAAGUCAAUAUCAUUAUAAGUGAAACAUGAAGGAUGAGAAUAGAGGAAAGGGAAUAAAAAUCUUCAAUUAUCAUAUUUUUUAAGUUAAUGAAAAAUUAUGACAUUUUAAAAUCCCAUUUGUAACAAUUUUUCUAGUACCCUAAACCCUAAGAAAUACUACUAUCAAUAAAUAUUCACUUAAAGCCUAUAAGCUUGGUAAUGUAUAUAAGUAUCAUAAGCAUUUAAUUAUGAAAUCUUCUCCUUUUUCAUUUCUUGGAACUCAAGACUUUAUUUAUGUACUACUUUCUUCAAGAAAUCUUUUGUGAUUCCUUCAGUCGUUACCACCUAGCCCCUAUUACUUUGUAUUUAUUUUGUAUAUAUCUUAUAUGUAUUUAUCUGAGUAUGUAUUUAUCAUGUUUUCUUUCCCUAAAAGAAUGUAAUUGCCUUAUGGGCUGAGAAUCUUACAUUUAUAUUUCUAAUCGUGGUGCCUGGCACAUAAUUGAUGUUUAAUAAA